UCCUCCUCCCUUGCCCAGUCACUAUCUCCUCCUCUCUCCCCUCGCCUAGUCACUAUCCCCUCUUCUCGCCCCUCGCCUAGUCACUCUCUCCUGGGCCACCGCUCCAGGACUGCUCUCCCUCUUCUCUCCCCUCGCCUAGUUACUCUCUCCUGGGCCACCGCUCCAGGACUGCUCUCCCUCUUCUCUGGUGCUAAGGUCGUUUUUGGUCCCUUUUUGGUACUUUUUGGGUCCUGUUCCAGUUGGAUCUUUCAGUCAUCAUGAUACCCUCUCCGCCAUUGUUCCUGUUGCUGCUCGGCCUCAUGGGAGCGCAUGCCACCGCUCCCGUGUCCGUGGACCUCCGCACCGCUGCCGCCAUGGCGGCAGGUCUGUGUAACACUCGCCCUACAGACCUGGUGUUCAUCGUGGACAGCAGUAGGAGCGUGCGUCCGUCAGAGUUCGAGCAGGUCAAGGUGUUCCUGGCCAAGGUCAUCGAGGGACUGGAUGUUGGACCUGACGCCACACGGGUCGGAGUGGUCAACUAUGCCAGCCGCGUCAAAAAUGAGCUGUCUCUGAAGACCCAUAAAACCAAGGCAGGUCUGGUAAAGGCUGUGACUAAGAUCGAGCCCCUGUCCACUGGCACCAUGACCGGCCUUGCUAUCCAGUUCGCCCUCAACGUAGCUUUCAGCGAGGCUGAGGGCGCCCGCGUCAAGUCCCCAGACAUCAGCAAGGUGGCCAUCAUUGUGACAGACGGUCGUCCCCAGGACAACGUAAAGGAUGUGGCGGCGCGUGCCCGGGAUGCGGGUAUCGAGCUAUACGCCAUUGGCGUAGGGCGUGUAGACCUGAAUACGCUGAAGCAGAUCGCCAGCGAGCAGCUGGACGACCACGUGGACUACGUAGAGAGCUACUCAGUCAUCGAGAAACUCACCAAGAAGUUCCAGGAGGCUUUCUGUGUGGCGGACCUGUGUGCCACUGGAGAUCAUGACUGUCAGCAGGUAUGCAUCAGCGCACCAGGGUCAUUCAAGUGUGCCUGCAAGGAGGGCUUCAGUCUACUGGAGGAUGGCAAAAGCUGCAGCGCCUGCAGUAAUGCCGCCACAGACGUGGUGUUCCUGAUCGAUGGUUCUAAGAGUGUGCGUCCAGAGAACUUUGAGCUGGUCAAGAAGUGGAUCAACCAGAUCAUAGACAAACUGGACGUCUCCGAGACCAAGGCUCAUGUUGGACUGGUCCAGUACUCCAGCUCUGUCAAACAGGAGUUCCCUCUGGGACGUUACAACAACAAGAAGGACCUGAAGGACGCAGUGAAGAAGAUGGCCUACAUGGAGAGGGGGACCAUGACAGGACAGGCCCUGCGCUACCUGACCGACAGCAGCUUUGCACCAGCCGGUGGGGCACGGCCCGGGGUCGCCAAGGUCGGCAUUGUGUUCACCGAUGGACGCAGCCAGGACUACAUUGGAGACGCCGCCAAGAAGGCCAAGGAGCAAGGUUUUAGGAUGUAUGCUGUGGGCGUGGGUAAUGCUGUAGAGGAUGAGUUGAGGGAGAUAGCAUCACAGCCAACAGGAGAACACUACUUCUACACUGCAGACUUCAAAGCCAUGACAGCCAUCGCUAAGAAGCUGCAGAUCAACAUCUGUCAAGAGGAAGACCCAUGUGAUUGUGACUUUAUGCUGUCUGUCUUUACAGAGGAAGACCCAUGUGAAUGUGACUCUGUCGUUAAGUUCCAGAAAAAAGUAGAAGAAGCCUUACAGGCACUAACGAAAAAACUGGAGGGCGUGUCGAAGAGGAUCGCUGCACUGGAGAACAAGAUUGUCUGAGGAUACACACACAUACCCCAAACUCCCCCCACAACACACACCCUGUUUUUACUUCCUGUUGAGUCUGAAGAGGAGUUUAUGACCUCUGAGCUUUGACCCCCGCCCCAUUUCUCUUUAGCACCCCUCUCUUUCUGCCUCACCUUGUCCAUCACUGGGUUUCCUGGAGAUGGAGCACCGGUCACCAUGGUAACUCAUCUUCUGUCUUUUGCCUCUGAAAGUCUCCCCCUCAUAGGCAGCCUGUGUGUGCGUUAAUAAAAGUCUUCCCUCAUAGGGAACCGGUGUUUGUAACACUGAAGGGUCCUAUCUUUAAGGCGGCCUGUGUGUGCGCAAUGUAUAGUCUUCCCCAAAGGCAGCUUGUGUCUUGUCAUUCCCAGUGGAACAGGACAUCAGUUCCAUUGAUCAUUUUGUUGUUAUGUGUCUCUCCCUGCAUCUCUCACUCAUCUCUUUCUUUCCCCUGUUGUCACCAUACGAAGGUAUCUAUUUUGUAUGGAAUAUAUAUAUAAAGGUAAUUUAAUAUAAGAUUGGUCUUAAAGAUACAUGUUCUGAUGAUUUUUUUAUUUUCCUAAAUAAAGACAUUUCAGGAAGUA